AUGAGCAAAGAACAGGAAGUUAGAAAUAAUGGCAUUAAGAAACAGUUAGAAGAGGACGUGGAACAGGAUGAUAGAGCAACAACGUCCAAUCAUCAGACAAAGUCAUUGCCGCAAAAGGGUUUCAAUUCAGAGACAGAUGUCACCCAAAGUAUUUAUACAAAACGGAAAUCAGUAAGCGAAUAUCAAUGUGAAACUGGAAUGGGAUCAGUCUUUCAUAGUCUACCUGAUGAAGAUCCUGAAAUAGAGAAAAAUGAAAUGAUAAUCGAGAAACUAGGAUCAAACUUGACUGAUUUGACUUGGUAUCACGGAAUGAUGCCUCGUUGUGAUUGUGAGGAAUUGCUGACGGUUGAAGGAGAUUUCCUGGUACGCAGAACAAAAAAGAACAAAAUGUCAAUCUUUUGCUUAUCUGUUUUCACUAAAAUGGAAGUUCAACAUUUUCCCUUACGUUAUGAUAAGCUUGAAUGGCAUCUAAGUGGACUGAAAGCCUCAACUCUCGACGCUUUGUUAACUAAACUGAUCAACGAAAAGAAAUCUCUCGGCUCAACGGAGGCUCAAUUGAAGAAGGGGAUAUCUAGGCCUGAUUAUUACUUGUUACAUGACAAUAUUACAAUUACUUCUAAGUUAGGAGGGGGAGAGUUUGGUGAGGUUUUCAUAGGACAACUCAACGGCAAAAAUUCCGUAAAAACUGACGUAGCUGUCAAAAAGAUAAAAGGAAGAGUGACGAGAAGGGAAAUCAAGAAGUUCAUUCAGGAAGCCAAACUGAUGAAACGUUUUUCCCACCCCAACAUCGUAAAAUUGUACGGAAUCGCACCCCAAAGGGAGCCUUUAAUGAUAGUUUUGGAAUUGGCUGCUGGAGGCUCGCUUAAGUACUUUUUCACUAAGAAUGAAGUAACGAGGGAACAAAUGUUUCAUUUUAUGUUGGACGCGUGUAGAGGGAUGUGUUACUUAUCAGUCCGAAAAGUGAUUCACAGAGAUUUGGCAGCGCGAAAUUGUCUUUUGGGAGCGAGAAAUGAGUUGAAAAUAGGAGAUUUUGGACUUUCGAUUGCGGAUAAGCAGGAGCUGAAACUCACUAACAUCAAGGCUGCCCCAAUUAAGUGGCUAGCUCCUGAAUCGUUUCUGCAAGGUGUUUUCUCAACUAAAACAGAUGUAUGGAGUUAUGGCGUACUAGUAUGGGAAAUAUACAGCAAAUGCAAGACAGACCCCUUUCCCAAGUUGACCAACGCUGAGGCAAAAACUAAAAUAAUCUCUCAAACACCACCUAUGACUCCACCCGAGGAAUCCCCUGAAAUAGUCCAUGUUAUAAUGGAGAAGUGUUUUGUUAAGGAUCCGAAAGCAAGAGCUGAUUUCAUCCAACUACUUGGUAUCCUUGCUCCCAACGAGAAAGUUCAAUGA